AAGUUUUAAUACCAAGUUGCACCUGAAGGCCUCUCUCUCUCUCUCUCUCGCUCGCUCGCUCGCUCUCUCUGCUGCAUCCAUGGAUUCUUCUUCAGCACCCUGUAAUGGCCACUCCCAAGCACUCUCCAAGGAGAGAGAGUACUCCUCAUUUCGGACCACCCAGAAACACCCCUCCCUUCGCCAGACCCAGCUCCCAUCUCCUACCUCGUCCUUCUCAUCAUCUUCCUCCUCGUCCUUGUCUUCACCCGAUAAUUCACCCAAGACUCACCUUCAAUUUUCUCGCAUUCCAUUUUCUUGGGAAAAGUUGCCAGGAGUUCCCAAGAAACAAUUUUCUCGGAAAAAAGACCCUUCCCUGGAAGCACUCCUCCCACUGCCUCCCUCUGCCGGCCCCAACUCCUCCAAGAGAGUCACCAUGGGCGACAUAAUUCGAAUCCGAAGGAAAAAGCCCAACGAGAGCAUUAGAAGGGAUCCGUUCUUCGCGGCGUUUCUCGAGUGCUCCAAGGAUGACGAUGGUCGCGAAAGAAGCCUAGACCAUCUAUGGAAGGCGGCCGGUGUGUCACGGAGCUCAAGCGACUGGUUCGGAUUUGCCAGUCUGCCGUAUUCUUGCAAGAGGGCCUGCUCUGUUUCAGACUCAAUCAUGUAUAUUCCAAGAUCAAGCAAUAAUGCCGGCGAAGUAUGGCACCGGCGUUCUCACUGAACUUAAAAUUCACCAUAGUACUCGGCGAUCUAUGAAUCAAUCGACCGCCAACGUAUAGAUAAGUUGAGAGUUUAGUUUUUGUGCAUUUUAAUUUAAAACUAGCUACUUGUGCUUGGUGUUUGGGCAUUUUAGUUUUCUUUUUUUGGGUUUUGGUUUUGGGUGUUUGAUCUUUCUUUCCUGGCAGUAUAUGUGGCUGGCUGGGGUGUCAGAUCCAUGAUCACAUAUAAGAAUUUGUAUGAUAUAAUCGGAAAGGAGUCCGAGCUGCUUUAAUUUCUUUAUCUAAUAAUGAUGAAUAGAACUAUGGUGUUUUUAA